GUAUCCUUGUACUUUUGUACUCAAGCGGUAAAGCCAGACAAAAAAAAAAAGAUGGUCGGCGACUCCAUUGCUCAGAAAAUGAAAAUGAGAAAACCCUUCAGCUUGUCAUCAUUCAUCGAAUAAUCACCAAAAAAAAAGAAAAAAAGAAAAAUGACACAAAUUCAUUACCAACAGUUCCGACAGGCUGGCACUGGAACGAUUGAACAAGUUUGUGUCAGAAUUGAUUCCACCUCUCGAAGCAAUGGCGACUUGACAUUCUAUGUGGAUUUGACGGACAUUCGAGACAUGUUUCCAGAGGCAAUACAUUUCAAAUCCGAUGGAGAUCCCAUCCCAUUCCUUGAAGACUCUAAUGGCAACAGAAUCGAACCUCCACGCAUUGCUUUCUAUCCUCACAAGAUCCUGGACAUCAUUACGGGAACGUCGCAGUCCAGCAAUAGUAAUAUUGUCACUAACUUGUCUUCCUUGGAGGAACCACAACAACAGGAGACUAAGGAGAAGAGUAAUGAGAUACCUAAAGAACUCCAACGUCAAGCCCUCGACAGACUUGCUAUCCUUCAAAAGCAUGUUAACGCCAUCCUCGUCCAGAGCCUUGAGCUACACGAGUGUCCAAUCCCGCGACUUUUUAUUAUUUUACCUAUCCAGCAGACCGAGUGGAAUCCAAGGAAUAUCUUGAAAAAGAAGUUUCGCCUUUAUUUCCUCUGUGAAUGUGGGGAUCACUCCGCAACGACAAGCAGCCAGAGCCAAAUCCAUAUUGCCAACCAUAAUGGAUAUGAAGUUCGAAGCAGUAUGGAGUUUUAUCGCAAGUAUGGAAAAUACAUGCUCACCCUUUUACACUGUCUCAAGGAUACAUCGUCUCCGACGGCUUCUCUGGCACCAAUCCCGAAUGUCGAUGCCGCUAUCAACUACUCGGUCAAAUAUAUGGAAGCGCUUUCCAAUGUACAUCCGGUCUUGAGCAACAUCACCACAAUUGAUGACUAUAAGGUACUUGAAGAAGCCGAUCUUCGACAACUGGGAACAUUCUUUCAAACAAAUGAUGAAGGCAAUCAACUUGGUAACUUGUACAGGAUCACGACCGAAGCAGGUCAUGUCAAAUGGGUUUGUCUCGAUCACUAUCGCUCGACAUAUAGAGAAGCAGAACAGAAAGCGUUCGAAAAAGCAGUGGAGUUGAAUGGCGGUGAAUAUGACUCGUACCUUGGCAAAGUGACCAUCACAUUGAAAUCCAAAACCACAGCUGAAGAAUUCUUCAAUGCGCUGACCAAUGCAAGACGUGUUUACGAGUUGGAUAUCAUCUUUAACUGGAAUUGGACCAAAGCUGAUCUUGAAGCUUUGGAGGAAGUAUUAAAUAAGUCAAGUAUAUCGGCCCUUCGACUUGAACUCGGAGAGUUCCAAGAAAGCACCACCGAGAAAUUACUUUCGACAUCCUCGCGAUAUGGAAUGCUUGUUCACAUCACAAAACUUAGCAGCAUGAAGACGAUCCAUAUUGUUUUACCUCCGAACACUAUAAAGGUCCCCAGUUUACAGCUCAGCAGGCCACCACACCUUCAAAAACUAACUAUUGAGAUGAAGCCUCGAUUGAUUAACACUAGUGACUUUCAAUCACUCGCAAAUAUACUCAAGACCGAUACUGCUAUAACCAUGUUGAACUUGAGGGAUAAUUCAGUUAUGGUUGAAGGAGCUCUGGCACUGUCAGAGGCACUCAAGGCCAACAGAUGUUUGACUACUUUGAACUUGAGGAACAACUUAAUUGGAGAUAAAGGAGUCAUGGCACUAUCAGAGGGACUCAAGGCUAACAGGACUUUGACCACACUAGAUUUGAUGGGCAACUCCAUUGGGAAGGAAGGAGCUCUUGCACUGUUAGAAGUGCUCAAGACCAAUACAACUUUGGUCACUUUGGACUUGGAGUACGACUCGCUUGGGAAGGAAGGAAUUCUGUUGCUGUCGAAGACGAACACAACCUUGACUUCUUUGAACUUCAGAUUUAAUGCAAUUGGGAAGGAAGGAGCACUUGCACUGCCAGAGGCACUCAAGGCUAACAUUACCCUGACUGCUUUGGACUUGCGGUACAACUCAGUUGGGAAGGAAGGAGCUCUUGCGCUGUCAGAGGCACUCAAAGCUAAGACAGCCUUGACUACUUUGGACCUGCAGGGCAACUCAAUUGGGUAUGAAGGAGCACUUGCACUGUCAGAGGCACUCAAGGUUAACACAGUCUUGACUACUCUGAACUUGGAAGACAACUCAAUUGGGAAGGAAGGAACUCUUGCGCUGUCAGAGGCACUCAAGGCUAACAUUACCCUGAAUACUUUGCUCUUGUUCAGCAACUCCAUUGGGAAUGAAGGAGCUCUUGCACUAUCAGAGGCACUCAAGGCUAUCACAGCCUUGACUACUUUGGACUUGUCCAAUAACUUAAUUGAGAAUGAAGGAGCGCUGGCAUUGUCAGAGGCACUCAAGAUUAACACAACUUUGGCUACUCUGAACUUGGAAGGCAACUCAAUUGAGAAGGAAGGGGCUUUUGCACUGUCAGAGGCACUUAAGGUUAACACAACCCUGGCUGCUUUGAACUUGUCGCGCAACUCAAUUGAGAAGGAAGGAGCACUUGCACUGUCAGAAGCACUCAAGAAUAACACCGCUUUGACUACCCUGAACUUGGAAGGCAAUUCAAUUGGGAAUGAAGGUGCUCUUGCACUGUCAGAUGCGCUCAAGGCUAACACAGCCUUGACUGCUUUGGACCUGCAGGGCAACUCAAUUGGGUACGAAGGAACUCUUGCAUUGUCAGAGGCACUUAAGGCUAACACUAUCCUGACUACUUUAGACUUGUUCAGCAACUCAAUUGGGAAUGAAGGUGCUCUUGCACUGUCAGAGGCGCUCAAGGCUAACACAACUCUGAACGCUUUGGACUUGUCCAAUAACUUAAUUGGAAAGGAAGGAACACUUGCACUGUCAGAGGCACUCAAGAAUAACAUCGCUUUGACUACCCUGAACUUGGAAGGCAACUCAAUUGAGAAGGAAGGGGCUCUUGCACUGUCAGAGGCACUCAAGGUUAACACAACCCUGGCUGCUUUGAAUUUGUCGCACAACUCAAUUGAGAAGGAAGGAGCUCUUGCACUGUCAGAGGCACUCAAGGCUAACACAGCCUUGACUACUUUGAACUUGCAGGACAACUCAAUUGAGGAGGAAGGAGCGCUUGCACUGUCAGAUGCACUCAAGGUUAACACUAUCCUGACUACUUUGAACUUGCGGGACAACUCAAUUGGGGAUGAAGGAGCACUUGCACUGUCAGAGGCACUCAAGGCUAACACAACCCUGAACGCUUUGGACUUACCCAAUAACUUAAUUGGAAAGGAAGGAGCAUUUGCACUGUCAGAGGCACUCAAGGCUAACACAGCUUUGACUACUCUGAACUUGGCAUGCAACUCAAUUGGAGCUGAAGGAGCAAUUGCACUGUCAAAGGCACUCAAGGCUAAUACAACCCUGACUACUUUGAACUUGUGGUGCAACUCAAUUGGGGAUGAAGGAGCUCAUGCGCUAUCGAAGGCACUGAAGAAUAGCACCACUUUGACUGUAGCAGUCUAAAUGAUAGCAGGUUGGAUGACUUGAGCAUCAUAAUGAUGUUUGAAUAUUAUUCAGUCC